GCCAAGAUUUUGUCUUGCUGGUAUAUAGUUGAUCAUGACCGUUGGAUGAAUUCACACCGACGGUGAAGAUUGAGAAAAUGUUUUACGGCAGGAGAUAUGAGCCGUGGAUUUAUUCGCUACUCUGCUUUUAUGAGGAGCACAAAUAAAGGAGAUAAUGGGAAGCAAGUAGAGAGAUAGAGGAAAGAGAGAUAAAGAGAGAGAAAAGGGGUUGCGAUUUUGGGAGAAGAGAAAAGAGGAAGAAGCAUUAGAGAAGAAGAUGGAUAGAAAUAGAGAAGCUAGAAGAGUACCUAUGGCGGCUGCCGGAAAUGGUCUUUCACGGCGGAGACAUAGAGCCGGAAGUUUCAGAGAUUCACCAGAGGAGGAAGGUCCGGUGGAGUUACCGGAGGCGGCGAGGUUGAGAGAUCGAGGAGGGAGUAAUAAGAAGGAUCGAGAUCGGGAACGUGAUAGAGACAGAGAGAGGGAAAGAGAAAGAGAUAGAGAGAGAGAUCGGUUAAAUAGCCGGAGUAAACGGAGAAGAGGAGAACGGUUAAUGAUGGUUCACGGUAAUUUAGACGACGGUGGUGACGAUAGCUCGGAAGAGAGUGUUAACGACGAUGAAGAAUAUGACGACGGAGGAGCUGUAGGACCACCGUCUUCGUUGAAGAUGCUUCCUCCGACGAGUAAUAAUAUCUCCGCCGCAUCGUUUUCAUCGUCUCUUUCAAAUCAUCACAACGGUGGUAGCGGUAAUCUUCAUCACCAUCACAACCAUCAUAAUAACCAUCAGAGGAAGAAUUUCCCGCCGACGAAAGUUUUCAGAUCGUCUCCUUCUCCGGCGCCGGUUUCACCUCUUGUGUCGACAUGGAAAGCCGCUGACGAAAUGAUCGGUGUUUCGGUUCCUAGAAAAGCUCGGUCAGCUUGUACGAAGAGACCUCAUGAAUCAUGGUCGUCAAGUACUACCGGAGGUGGUGUUUUUGCUUCCGGUGAACAAAUCCACCGCCAAAUAUCAUCAACGUCUCCAGCUAAUAGAGUUAGUCCGGCUUCAAUUUUAGCAUCUCCGUCUCCUCCAGCUCCUACAUCUCCUUCUUCAUCAAGCAUUUCAGUCCGGAAAAAAUUGUCGUCGGGGACAAAACAGAAGACGCUACCGCCGAAAUCAUCAUCGUGUAAGUUAUCAUCGUCGGUGGCUGUACAAGACGAGAUCGAGAUUGAGAUUGCAGAAGUGUUGUACGGUAUGAUGAGGAUGCCUUUGGCUACCUCAAAACAAGAAUCCGCCGGUAACGAUUUGACGGAGGCAGCGAAACCAACAGUAGAAGUCAAAUCUAGAGUAUCUUCACCGAUCUCAAAUCCUCAUACUCUUCCUCAAUCCUCCAUCACACUGGCUACAAAUUCUAGCUCUUCCAAUGUUUCUGCCAUUGCUCCUAAGAGAAAGAAGCCAAGACAUGUCAAAUACGAAGAUGAUAACAGUUCACGCAUCACUACGAUCAAAUCCGAAGCCGAAGCUCCUUCGAAAAGUCAAGUUCCGUUUGGUGAUCAGCUUAAGAGCUCAGGAUCCGGCGAAGGAAACAGCUCUGUAUUGGAUUCGAUCAUUCCACAAACGAGAGAAAGUAACGCUUCGUUAGAUUCGAGAUCAGCUGAGAAAAAAGAGAACAAACUGUCAAAAGAUGAAACAAUAUUGCCGAAAGUGGAAUCUUCUUCAGGAUUUAGAUCCGAUGGUGAUGGAACUAAAUCGAGUUCGCCGGAAAAAGCGAAGUUUGAGAUAGAUCUGAUGGCGCCACCGCCGGUGAGAUCAUCGUCGGAGAGAGGCGGAGAGAUGAUGGAAUGUGUGGCAGCAGAAGCUAAACCUAAAGUCACGGAAGUGGAAACGCAGGAAGCAAAGCCUCUGCUGAAGGAAGAUAGAGGUGAUGCGGCGUUUCAUGAUCCUCAAGAGAAGAAGAGACCUAGAACGGUGGUAGAAGCUGAACACCAUAAGUAUGAGAGGAAUUGUGAACUUAAACUCGACUUGGAUCAAUCUGAUCAUGUUGGUUUAGUAAACAAGCUUCAUGUUCAGAAGCAGCCACCGCAGCAACAACUAUCUGUUCCUGAUAAAACAACUCAAGGUAGCCAUUUGCCUCUGCAUAUGUCUAUGCCUGGCUGGCCUGGGGGCCUUCCUACAAUGGGAUAUAUGGCACCUACGCAAGGAGUUGUGCCUACGGAUGCCAGUUCCUUAUCUGCUGCAGCAAUGCAGCCUCCACCGCAUUUACUUUUUAAUCAACCGAGGCCUAAGCGAUGUGCUACACACUGCUACAUUGCUCGGAAUAUUCAAUCUCAUCAGCAAUUCACAAAGAUGAAUCCUUUCUGGCCUGCAGCAGCAGGCUCAGCUCCAUUGUAUGGGACCAAGGCCUGCAAUCUUAGUCUCACGCCUCCCACAGAACUUCAGGGGAGUGUUUUGGGAAGAAGUUCCAACCCUGUUCAAGAUAAGAAUUCUCAAUCUACGUCCAAAAGCUCAGAUACAGCUCAGAGAAAUCAAUUAUUGCUCCAACAAGCUUUGCCUCCAGGAGCCGCUAAUAACAUCUUGCAUGGUCCUACAUUCAUAUUCCCCUUGGGCCAACAGCCUCAUACGGCCGCUACAAUAGCUGCUGCAUCUGUCAGACCUCCUAAUAGUGGCAUCACAUCUUCUGGACCAACAGCUACUUCUAACUCCAUGAAUGGUUCUGUAUCCGCUACUCCAGCUGGUGCCCCAACAAUGAGCUUCAGUUACCCGGCCAUGCCGGGAAAUGAAACGCAGUACCUGGCCAUUUUACAGAAUAACGGCUAUCCAUUUCCAGUUCCAGCACAUGUUGGUGCACCACCUGCUUAUAGAGGAGCUCCUGGGCAGCCGAUGCCAUUUUUUAAUGGUUCAUUCUAUUCCUCCCAAAUGAUCCAGCCUCCACAUCAUCAGCCACAGAAGCAGCAACAGCAGCAGCAAACUGGUCAAAUGCUCCAGAGCCAUGCUCCUAACAACCAGAAUGGGAGUGUUUCCACUGGUUCCUCAGCAGCACAAAAGCAUCUGCAGAACCAACAGUUGAGGCCACCGAUCAAUCAUGGGAACUCCCAAGGAUUUCCAACUCAUAAAGUCCAGUCUCAGCCUUUGAGUUUUCAGCAGAGGCAGCAACCCAGAGACAAUGCAACUCAACAUAGUGAGACUGUAGGGGAAGAUAGCCCAUCAACUGCUGAUAGCCGGGGUUCUCGUUCCAAUGUUGCCUAUGGCCAGAACUAUGGUAUGCAAAUGCAACCAACCAACUUGGGUUUGAUGAGUUCACCAGCCCCAGGUGGUGGAGUGGUUGGAUCUUCGAGCAGUCAUGGUGAAAAGAAACCACAGCAGCAGGUUUCAAAGGCUGGGGCAGAAUCCUUCCAGUCACAGGGUUAUGCUAUGACUUUUGCAACGUUCAAUGGGGCUAACACUGCUACUGCCCUAAACAUGUCAUCAGUUGCUCAGAAUCAAGCUAUGUUUCACAGCAUGCCCGAAGCAGCGAGGCAAGGUUAUCAGAUGAUGGCAGUUGCUCAAGCAGCUCAACAAAAAAUGAACUACAGUGCUUCUCAAGAAGAUGGAAAAUCCGGGUCUAUUGGUGCUGCUACUGCUAAUACCCCAGAGGAACAAAGGAAGUCAGGAGGAGGAACAACAGGGAAAGCGAGUGGUGGGAAUGGUGGGCAGUCUAUUGCUUUCUCUAACAAACACGAUUUAGCUGAUGCAUCUGUUUCUGCUGUCACGAGUGGUAGCAUCGUUGAUAGCUCAUCCCGUUUGCUCAACCUUGGUUCUGCUCUGCCACAGAGUUCGGGUUCUAUGCCCCCGUCUCAUCAUCAUCAGCAACUACUACAGCAACAGCAGCAGCAGCAGCAGCAGCAUAUGCAACGGAGUCAAUCACAGCAACCUUAUACCACCAUGUAUCUCCAGAAGCAGCAACGGUAUGCAACUUCAGUGGCUGCUUCUGCUGCUAGAACCAAAGGGCCCGUGGCGAGUAACGGGAGUGGUUUCCCUGAUCACAAUAUCACCACAUCACCUGCGGCAACCACCAAGUUUGCAAAUGCUAAUACAGGGUUCCCUCAAAACCUUGUCCAGUCGAGCAGCAAUCAGGUUCAGUCUCCUCAGUGGAAAAACAAUUCACCCAGGACAACAAAUAGUACCCAAGCUCAGUCUCCUUCGAUACUGUCGCCAUCAUCAUCAGUUGCUGCUGCAUCGUCACUAAGAAAUGUCUCGCAUAAACAGCAAAGCCGUCCCCAGCAAUCGCAGAUAUCUUUUGCAGCAAACUCGAAACCAAUGGCUUCUGGUUCACCAAUGCAGCAGGUGCAAGGAGGAACCAACCACCAGGCUCCGUCUCCACCAAUGUUAGUUGGGUCGCCUUCGACGUCUUCCGUCUCCAAAAACGCCAGCGGAAGCCCAAGAACAACUGCUUCCGCUUCCUCGGCAGCUAACAAAGCUGGACAAGCUUCCUCUACUACUCACUCAUCAUCUCAGCCGUCCAAGAACUUACAGUCUGCAUCUGUGGCGUCAUCUGCUGGUGGAAGGAACAAUGGUCCUUCUGUUCUUGGAAACCCGACCACGAGCUCUGGAUCCAAGUCGCAGCAACAGCAUCAGUUGCCAAAGCAUGGGAUGCAGCCGCAAGCACAGCUUUUCUUCUCUAAUCCUUACAUGCAAGCUCAACAUCAACAUCAACAGCAACAGAUCACUAUAUCUCCUUCUGGUGGGUAUUACAUCCAAAGACAUCAGCAACAGUCAGGUUCAGCACCUGCUGCUGUAGCCACAUGUCCUCCAGUCACGGGAGCCGUCAGCGCCACUUCAGAUCCAGCGAAAGCCCUAGCGGCAGCAGCAGCAGCAAAUAACAUGAAAGGAGGAAGUGGUAUGGGUAAAACUCAACAACAUCAGCUUGGGCCUCCAGGGUUCACGAAUGUUCACGCGGUUCCCUCUGCGGUUCAGGUUAAACCUGUGGAUCAGAAGCAACAAGCGGGUGAGUGAAAGAUCCUUAAAACCAAUUUGUUUUAGCUUAAAAGAGACUCUCUGAAUGGUUGGGAAGUUCCAGUUAUAGCUUGUGCUGGCGAGACGAAAGGACUUUAAAUAGUCUGAUGAAGAAAAGAAGCAGACGGAACAGAACACCUUUAAAAAGGGAUGGCAAUUUUUUUGGAGUUGGGGGUGCUUUUAAAAGCAUUGUGUACAAUUUAGUGUUUAUAUAUUCUGACAGGAACCUACGGUUUCAAUUCCAAAACCCAAAAAAAAAGAAAAAAGGAAGAAGCAAAAUCACUGAAGCUCUCUAAUUUUAAAAAAUUUAUUCAUUCUUCUUGGGGAGGUUUGAGUUGUUUUGGUGGUGAUGUUGUUAUUAGGUAGGAAUCCAAAAGAAAAUGGGACAAGUAAAGAGUCGUAAGACACAGCAAGAGCCAACGAACGUACGUUCAUAAGUUGGCCCUAUGUAGUUUGGGUUGUUAUAUUGUGUGGGGAGCAUGGGACAGUAUGAUGAAUUUAUGAUUUGUUCUAUUUUGUGUUUAUGUUUUUUCGCAGCAGUAAAAAAUUGUAGUAGCGGACGUUGUCAAUAAAGACCCCACGCGUGCAAACUUUGCCAAA